AAAAUUUAAGACUCUCAACUGUACUCUUCACGUACAUCUCUAUAAAACCCUCCACUUUUGAUCAUCAGAGUAUCAUCUUGGAGUAGCUUGCUAUCAGAACUUGGCAAGAUGGCUUCUAAAUUGCUUCUUGUUUUGCUUUUUAGUGCUCUGGUUUGCUCCACCAGUGCUAGGAAACUUGUAGGUACUGAAAAGGGUUCAUUUGAGGACGAGAAAAAUUUGUUUCACCGCCCUGGGUUUGGUGGUGGAGCUGGAGGAGGCGGUGGGUUUGGUGGUGGAGCUGGAGGUGGGCUAGGUGGUGGAGCUGGAUUUGGUGGGGGUGCUGGUGGGGGGGCUGGAGGUGGAUUGGGAGGAGGUGCUGGUGGGGGUGGUGGAUUUGGAGGUGGUGGAGGGGGAGGAGUGGGUGGCGGUGCUGGUGGUGGGUUUGGAGGUGGUGCUGGUGCUGGUGCUGGUGGUGGCCUUGGAGGUGGAGCUGGAGGUGGAGGAGGAUUCGGAGGAGGUGGUGGUGGUGGACUUGGUGGUGGAGCUGGUGGCGGGUUUGGCGGCGGCGCUGGUGGCGGGUUUGGUGGUGGGGCUGGAGGAGGUGGCGGGCUUGGUGGUGGAGGUGGAUUUGGUGGGGGUGCUGGUGGUGGGGCUGGAGGUGGAUUGGGAGGAGGUGCUGGUGGGGCUGGUGGGUUUUUCUGGCGGCGCUGGUGGUGGCCUUGGAGGUGGAUUUCCUUGAAAACGAAGAUGUUUUUAUUCCAAAUUAAAUUACCACUGCUUGUUAUAGCUGUAAUAGACCAUAUUAGAAAGUGACUCGUGAUACUCCUC